AGACGCCAUAGCGACCGAGACUUCUUGCCCAUCGAGUCCCCGUUCGCAGUCUUCCCCCAAAGGUCGCCUCCCGCGAGUCGAAGCACCGGUUAAAGCGCCAGCCUCCACCUUGAUCGCCUCCGGAGAAACGCAGAUCCGGUCCCCGGCGCCAUGGCUAAGCUUUCUCUCCUUCCUCUCCUCCUCCUCUUUUUCUCCUUGAUCUCGUCGUCCGUUGCCGAGAUCAAAACCCUAAAGAUCAACGCCGACACCCGCCCCAUCAUUCUCUUCGAGAAGUUCGGCUUCACCCACCAAGGCUUCGUCACCAUCAGCGUCUCCGACGUCUCCUUCACCUCCUCCCUCGCCGCCCCCGACCCCUCCCUCUUCGGCUUCUUCCUCCUCUCUGACGAGAGCCUCAUCCAGGCCACCUACGAAUCCCAGCAGCAGCAGCAGCAGCAAAACCCUAACCCUAAUUCCAACCCCAGCUGCAUCCUCUCCAGCACUUACGUCCGCCUUCUCUUCAAAUUCAACGAUCUCGCCGCCCCCAACUUCAAUUUCUACAACAAUUCCUUCCCCAUAACCCAUCCCGAUGAGUACAGCCUCUUCUUCGCUAACUGCAACCCCGAGUCCCAGGUCUCCAUGGCCGUCCACACUGAGAUGUACAAUGUCCGCCCCGACGGUUCCCGCGACUACCUCUCCGUCGGCCAGUACCCCCUCCCCUCCCUCUAUUUCGUCUUCGCCCUCGUCUACGUCGCCUUUCUCGCCGUCUGGAUCUCCUACCUCAUCAAGAACCGCCUCUCCUCCCAUCGGAUCCACCUCCUCAUGGCCGGCCUCGUUCUCACCAAGGUCCUCAACCUCCUCUUCGCCGCCGAGGACCAGCACUACGUCCGCGUCACCGGCACCCCCCACGGCUGGGACGUCCUCUUCUACCUCUUCCAGUUCCUUAAAGGUGUUCUCUUGUUCACCGUCAUCGUCCUCAUCGGCACCGGCUGGUCCUUCCUCAAGCCCUUCCUCCAAGAGAAGGAGAAGAAGGUCCUCAUGAUCGUGAUCCCGCUCCAGGUCAUCGCGAACAUUGCUUCGAUUGUGAUCGGCGAGACUGGGCCCUUCAUCCAGGACUGGGUCACCUGGAACCAGGUCUUCCUCCUCAUCGACGUCAUCUGCUGCUGCGCCGUCCUGUUCCCGAUCAUCUGGUCUAUCCGGUCCCUCCGCGAGACGUCCAAGACCGAUGGGAAGGCUGCAAGGAAUCUGGCCAAGCUCACUCUUUUCAGGCAGUUCUACAUUGUGGUCAUUGGUUACUUGUACUUCACGAGGAUCGUGGUGUAUGCGCUCCGGACGAUCGCAUCGUAUAAGUACCGGUGGGUGAGCGUGGCAGUGGAGGAGACUGCAAGCCUUGCUUUCUAUAUCUUUAUGUUUUAUAUGUUUAGGCCGGUUGAGAGGAACCAGUACUUUGUACUUGAUGAUGAAGAGGAAGAGGCGGCGGAGGUGGCUCUCAGGGACGAAGAGUUUGAGCUCUGAAUGGCUGGUGGAUCGAAGCAGUAUGGUCGGAGAGACUGGCGGGUGUGCUGUUCUGCUCCCGUUUACUACUUUUGUUCUUAGCGCUUGCCAUAGCAAUGGUUUACGUCAGUUUCCAUACCUUAUGGAAUUAUAUUUGCUCUCUGGGAUGUAGUUGUUGGAAUUUAGGGAUGGCAUUCAGCUUGUCAAUUCCAAUAUCAGAAAUUGGCUUGCCUUUCACUAUGUUAAUUUUCAUUUUCUUUGCCGGUUCUUUCGA